AUGCCUGUCACCAAACUAAGGCCCAGUUUGCCAGGUGAGGUGGGUGAACUGGUGAUCCACCGAGAGAGUGAAUGUCAGAACUACACGGUCCCGGACUUCACCUCGGCCAGUGAAGGAGAGAGAGGAGAAGCGCCCGGAAGUGCCGCCUUGGAGUCAGGUAGGAGAAGGCGGCCACGGCCGGGCCUGGAGCCUGAAGAGGAGUCGGAGUUGGCGGCUGCUGUGCGCCAUAUACACCCGCAGAACUUCUCAAGUUCUCUGCUUGAGACCCUCAAUGGGCAGAAGCUGGGUGGGCACUUCAGCGACUUGACUGUGUGCAUUCGUGAAGCUUCGCUGCGUGCGCACCGCUGCGUGCUGGCAGUCGGCUCGCCCUCCUUCCAAGACAAGCUGCUACUCGGCCACUCUGAGAUCCGUGUACCUUUGGUGGUGCCCGUGCAGACGAUGCGCCAGCUAGUCGGGUUCCUGUAUGGCAGUUCGCUCCUUGGGGCACAAGAUGAAGCCCUGCAGGUGCACAUGGCUUCGUCGGUGCUUCGCAUACAGACAGUUAACAAAUGCACACAGAUUAUCGCAGGCGCUCAAGUCCCAAGCACCUCUGCACCCGCGCCCCUGCCCACCCCUGUGCCCCCGCCACUGGCACCUGCGCAGCUGCGUCGCCGCCGGCGCCACCUGCUGGCUGCGCAUCCCCGGGGGCACCCCUGUGCCGCGCACAGCUGUAAGCAGCGCCAGCCUGCGCGUUUGCAGCUGCCUGCGCCCCCGACACCUGCCAAAUCCGAGGGGCUUGGUGCCGAUCCGUCACUGUCCGCGGCCCCUGACGACCGAGGUGACAACGAUGACGAAGAAACUGACGAUGAGACCGAUGGCGAGCACGGCGAAGGUGGCGGCCCGGGAGAGAGCCAGGCCCCUCAUUCCUUCCCAGACUGUGCUGCCGGCUUCCUCACUGCUGCUGCUGAUAGCGCGUGCGAGGAGGCCCCUGCACCCACUGGCCUCGCUGACUACAGUGGCGGGAGGGAUUUUCUUCGGGGAUCUGGGGCAGCAGAGGACGUAUUUCCAGAUGGCGCUGUCCCCGAAGGCUGUCCCACCGAGACCCCUGUCCAGCCCGACUGCAUACUGGCUGGACCCCGCCCGCCUGGCGUGAAGACCUCAGGGCCGCCUGUCGCACGCUUCCCCUUUCACUUGGGAGCUCCCGGACCCCCCGCACCACUCCCUUCAGCGCCAUCCGGGCGCCCUGCCCCCUCACCCGCCUUCUACCCCACACUCCAACCUGAGGCAGCCCCCGGCACUCAGCUGUGGGAAGCCCCGGCUCCCUGUGCUGCUCCCACCACAGCCCCCUCAGGCACCUCUGCUCGCACUCCAGGUGCCGAGCCACCUGCUUAUGAGUGCGGCCACUGUCCCAAGACGUUCAGCUCAGAGGAAAACUACACCAAGCACACGUUCAUCCACUCGGGGGAGAAGCCGCACCAGUGCGCCGUGUGCUGGCGAUCCUUCUUGCUGCGCGACUACCUGCUCAAGUACACGGUCACGCACACCGGCGUGCGCGCCUUCCAGUGCGCUGUCUGCGCCCAGCGCUUCACGCAGAAGAGUUCGCUCAAUGUGCACAUGCGCACUCACCGGCCGCGCGCGCCCUGCCCCGCCUGUUGCAAGGUCUUCUCUCACCAGGAGCUGCUGGAGCGCCACCUGGCCGUGCACCCCGCGUCCUGGUGGGGCUGGGGCCUGGUCUCGCCCACGGUGGAUCCGCGACCUCCCGCACAGUCGGCCACGCCCGCUGCAGGACCCGUGGUUCCCGCCCCUAGGCCACGCUCCCUCCUGAGAGCAAGUCUUCUUUUUCCCUUCACCCCUUUCUCCAUAUGCUGAAGUCCGCCUUACUCCUCUCCUCCACGUACUUGAACCUUCCAGGUGGUGCCGCGCUGGGGCUGCGCCUGGGACUGGUUAGGGACUAGACCACCUCUGAGAACUAGACCAUUUCCAGCCUAAACCGGGCGCUCAGGCCCUUGGACCCGGCCAGAGAUUUGACUCCGGUUCGCGCCCCGCCCUCUGCUGGGGUGGGGGUGGGGACUGGGGCGGCUCCCCUGCUCAGGUGUCAGGCCGGGCGAGGUCCCUGUCUCCCUACCCAGAAUAUCACUCCCUCAUGGAGCGCCUAAGGAGGCUCAAGUGGACCCAUCAUAUAUGGGGGCUGGUUCUCGGGACCCUCACUCUAAUAGAGGACUGUAGGCUAUGGGGCCUAAACC